GGCUUCGUGAGAUUUGUAAGACCUAUAUGGCCUAAUGAUAUGGUAGACAUGAAACUUACGCGUCCUCCAUGGCAACCAUCAGGAACCGGCUAGUGCUGUAGUUCACCUACUGACACACAUCAUCUUCUGCCUGAAAGUCGCCUCCUGCCGGCUGUUUCGACUGCAACUAUAAAAGUCGACGGGUUGGCCUUCUCUUGGGAUAUAGCCCUUUUUUCUUCUUCUUUUUUUUUUACAGCUUCGCAGACAUUCAAAGCCACGGCUCUUCCAUACUCGCCAUUAUCCAAUUUAACUUCCUCACCUAACCAAGGGACAACACACUUCUUUGGCAUAUAUGCCCACCAUGCCGCAAAGUAGCAGAGCCCAAGAACCAGUCGAUGUCUUCCAAAUGUUAAUGUGCGACCCUUUCUCUGGCCGGCGUCAUGAUCACGGCAAUUACUUGGCCACAGAAUCCCGCCAAUUUUCCUGCUUCCCAUGAUGCCCACGGUCGCCCGCGCCAUCACGGCCAUCACGGCCAUCACGGCCAUCCCUUCGCUUCCUGCGACUCCCGCCGCGGCUUCGAUUCUCGGGGUCACGGCACCCGCCACCACCUUACGGGUGUGGUCCGUGCCCGCCGAGACCCCCCCGGAAAUCUACCCGGACCAUUUACGACCAACAAGCCGGGAGCAAGAGCACGAGCACGAGCACGAGCACCCCGUUCAAGACGCCCAUCCUCUCAACCAAGUCAUACAGUCUCUUGCCGGGAUCUUUGUUCCCGAUGCUAGUGCCAGUGCCAGUGCCGGUGCCGGCCCCUCUUCCGCCGCCGACGCCUUCCGCCCACCUCUGGACCUCUUCGCUACCCCAUCAGCAUACAUCCUCCACGUAUCCCUGCCGGGCGCCCAGAAAAAAGAUAUCACCGUAGACUGGGACGCCGACCGCUCCGCGCUCCGUAUAGCCGGCGUCCUCCACCGCCCCGGCGACGAAGCCCUCCUCUCGACCCUCGUCCCCGGCACCGCCGAACGCCGCGUGGGCUACUUCGAGCGCGUCGUUUCGCUCCCUCCGUCCCCUUCUCCUGGAGCCAAGCCCAGCCAGCAACCCCAAUCUCAGCUUCAGCCUCAGCCUCAACAGCAACCGGAACAACAGCCUGAACAACAGCCUGAACAACAGCCUGAACAACAGCCCCGGCGUCCCCUGAGGGCAUACGUUGAAACCGCGGAGGACAGCGACUACGAAAAGGUAGACACCCCCGACACCGUGACCCUGAUGGACGGAGACACAACGGAAGUUCACAUCUCCGUCACCGACGUCGAGACUGGGGGCAGGGAGGAGAUUGACGGAAACGGCAUCACCGCCAGGAUGCAGGAUGGCCUGCUCAUCAUUACGGUGCCCAGGGUUGGGAGGGGGUGGGCCAAUAUCCGCAAGGUCGAUAUCGAGUGA